GGCGAUGGCUCGGAAAUACCGCCCCGCCCACUUCCGGUACACAAUCCUCCGUCCAGGAUGUGAGCUGCUUCCGCCUCAUCCUCCAGGGUCACACAGUAGUGAAGAAGACAUCUGUUGAGGGUGAGACACAGAGCAGCCCUCCCCGUGUGUCAGGAAGAAGAAGGACCCAGAGCCUCAUCCCGGUGCCUCCACCUCACUCACUGACACGUGAGACACAUUGAAAAGAAAAUCUUGGAACUCGCCAACAAGAUCAUUCAGCUGCUGACUGGAGAGGAGGGGGAGUAUAUAGAGGAACACAGGGGUCUGUACAAGGACGUGAUGAUGGAGAAUCACCGGCCCCUCACAUCACUGGAUGGGCCCAGUAACAGAUAUACCCCAAAGAGAUGUCCCUGUCCUCUGUAUUCCCAGAAUUGUACAGAGGAGAAUCACAGGAUCCCACAGGAGGAUCAGGUAGAACGUCUGUAUGAUAUUAAAAUAGAAGAUACAGAGGGAGAUGAAGAGACGUAUGUGACUGAUAUAAAGGCAGAAGAUAUAGAGGGAGAAGAAGAGACGUAUGUGACUGAUAUGAAGGCAGAAGAUGUAGAGGGAGAGGAAGAGACGUAUGUGACUGAUAUGAAGGCAAAAGAUACAGAUGGAGAAGAAGAGACGUAUGUGACUGAUAUAAAGGCAGAAGAUAUAGAGGGAGAAGAAGAGACGUAUGUGACUGAUAUGAAGGCAGAAGAUAUAGAGGGAGAAGAAGAGACGUAUGUGACUGAUAUGAAGGCAGAAGAUAUAGAGGGAGAAGAAGAGACGUAUGUGAUUGAUAUAAAGGCAGAAGAUAUAGAGGGAGUAGAAGAGACGCAUGUGACUGAUAUAAAGGCAGAAGAUAUAGAGGGAGAAGAAGAGACGUAUGUGACUGAUAUAAAGGCAGAAGAUAUAGAGGGAGAAGAAGAGUCGUAUGUGACUGAUAUAAAGGCAGAAGAUAAAGAGGGAGAAGAAGAGACGUAUGUGACUGAUAUAAAGGCAGAAGAUAUAGAGGGAGAAGAAGAGACGUAUGUGACUGAUAUGAAGGGAGAAGAAGAGACGUAUGUGAGGGGAGAUCAGCAGCGUAAGGAGGAGGAGAUCCCUACAGAUAUCAGCACAGCAGAUGGACACACAAGCAGGAAUAUCUCAGAAGGACAUCUAAUGUUAUCCCCGGAUUGUGAUAUAAAAGAUAAUGACAGUAGACAGGAUUCUCCAGGAAAUAACACCAUUACCCCAAUUAUACAUCCAGCUCUAUCAGCUGAUCCCUCUGAUCCUGGGAAAUGUUCUCCUGAUCACUCUGAUAUUGGUGCAGUUACAGCUCCUACAGUAGAUACAGAGUUUCCCUGUUCUAUAGAUGCCAAAUGUUUUACACAGAAUACAAAGCGUAUUACCCAUCAGCCAGCUAAGGCAGGUGAGAGGCCAUUUCCAUGUUCUGAGUGUGGGAAAUGUUUUACACAAAAAUCAGCUCUUGUUACACAUCAGAGAAGUCACACAGGUGAGAAGCCAUUUUCCUGUUCUGAGUGUAGGAAAUGUUUUCCACGGAAAUCAGAUCUUGUUACACAUCAGAGAAGUCACACAGGUGAGAAGCCAUAUUCCUGUUCUGAGUGUGGGAAGUGUUUUGCACAGACAUCAGCUUUUAUUACACAUCAGAGAAGUCACACAGGUGAGAAGCCAUAUACUUGUGCUGAGUGUAGGAAAUGUUUUCCACGGAAAUCAGAUCUUGUUACACAUCAGAGAAGUCACACAGGUGAGAAGCCGUAUUCCUGUUUUGAGUGUAGGAAAUGUUUUGCAUAUAAAUCAAGUCUUGUUACACAUCAGAGAAGUCACACAGGUGAGAAGCCAUUUUCCUGUUCUGAGUGCGGGAAAUGUUUUACAUAUAAAUCACAUCUUAUUUCACAUCAGAGAAGUCACACAGGUGAGAAGCCACAUUCCUGUUCUGAGUGCGGGAAAUGUUUUAAACAGAAAUCAGCUCUUGUUACACAUCAGAGAAGUCACACAGGUAAGAAGCCGUAUUCCUGUUCUGAGUGUGGGAAAUGUUUUGCAUUGAAAUCAAUUCUUGUUAUACAUCAGAGAAGUCACAGAGGUGAGAAGCCAUAUUCCUGUUCUCAGUGUGGGAAAUGUUUUGCAUCGAAAUCAUAUCUUGUUACACAUCAGAAAAGUCACACAGGUGAGAAGCCAUAUUCCUGUUCUCAGUGUGGGAAAUGUUUUUCAUAUAAACCAAAUCUUGUUACUCAUCAGAGGAGUCACACAGGUGAGAAGCCAUUAUCCUGUUCUGAGUGUGGGAAAUGCUUUACAUAUAAAUCAUAUCUUGUUAUACAUCAGAGAAGUCACACAGGUGAGAAGCCAUAUUCCUGUUCUGAGUGUGGGAAAUGUUUUGCAUUGAAAUCAAUUCUUGUUACACAUCAGAGAAGUCACAGAGGUGAGAAGCCAUAUUCCUGUUCUCAGUGUGGGAAAUGUUUUGCAUCGAAAUCAUAUCUUGUUACACAUCAGAAAAGUCACACAGGUGAGAAGCCAUAUUCCUGUUUUGAGUGUGGGAAAUGUUUUGCAUAUAAAUCAUAUCUUGUUACACAUCAGAGAAGUCACACAGGUGAGAAGCCAAAUUCCUGUUCUGAGUGUGGGAAAUGCUUUACAUAUAAAUCACAUCUUGUUACACAUCAGAGAAGUCACACAGGUGAGAAGCCAUAUUCCUGUUCUGAGUGUGGGAAAUGUUUUGCAUUGAAAUCAAUUCUUGUUACACAUCAGCGAAGUCACAGAGGUGAGAAGCCAUAUUCCUGUUCUCAGUGUGGGAAAUGUUUUGCAUCGAAAUCAUAUCUUGUUACACAUCAGAAAAGUCACACAGGUGAGAAGCCACAUUCCUGUUCUGAGUGUGGGAAAUGCUUUACAUAUAAAUCACAUCUUGUUACACAUCAGAGAAGUCACACAGGUGAGAAGCCAUAUUCCUGCUCUGAGUGUAGGAAAUGUUUUUCACGGAAAUCAGAUCUUGUUACACAUCAGAGAAGUCACACAGGUGAGAAGCCGUAUUCCUGUUUUGAGUGUGGGAAAUGUUUUACACAGAAAUCAGCUCUUGUUAGACAUCAGAGAAGACACAGGUGAGAAGCCGUACUUCUGUUCUGAGUGUGGGAAAUGUUUUGCAUGGAAAUCAGAUCUUGUUAAACAUCAGCAAUUUCACAAGUAAGAAUCCAUUUUCAUGCUGAGAGAUAAAUAAAUCUGCUCUUGUUGAACAUAUUAGACAUUACCCAAGUACGGAACCAUUUAAAUCUUCUGGAGUAUAAUUAUCACUGUCGUGCAAUGUUCCUCAAGGGUCAAUCCUAUCUCCUAUGCUUUAUAAAAUAUACGUGCUACCACUGGGUGAUGUAAUCAGACGUCAUGGCCUGGUCUACCACUGCUAUGCUGAUGACCUGCUUUUUGCUCCACGUACUGAGAACCUAAUACCAAUCCUAAAUGGUACUAAAAGCAGCUUCUGCCUCCUUACUGCCCUGCUUGCUGGCUUCUACAGAUGAAGGACUGUUACCAGCAGUACCAAGAAUCUCCUGUAAUUCAUUUAAGGGUUGAACUUUUAGUUUUGCAGCCCUGACCAUGGAACUCAGUGCCUUGCACAGUCCAAGAGGCCUCCACUUUAGAGACCUUUACAAGCAGACUGAUGACUGUUACUCACGCUUUUCAUUAAUGUACCUCUAUUUACUUCCUAAAUAAUACAUCCCAAAUGCUUAGGUCUUUUUUCUGCUGUUUAUUUUGUAUCUUGUGCUUUGUGUAAUUGUGAAUGUCUAAUACCAGUUUCCACAAUCUGUAUUGCUGCACGACAAUAUGGCGGCCAUUGGAACGUGUUUUCACUUCUAGUUUGCCUAACUUCUUGCAGACACUCAUCUUGAUCAGGAGUGCAGAGUGUUUUCAGAUACAAGAUCCUAUCCAUAUAUACCCUGUACAUUAUCAUGUGCAUUAGAGUCA